GGGGGCUAGUGGCAACCGGGAGCGGCCGGGAGGCUGGGAGCCCGGCUCCGGGCGUAGGUCUCCGUCUGGGAUUUAGGGCAGCCCCAGAGGUGUCCCGCUCAGAGGAAUGGAACCUGCCUUCGGGGAAGUGAACCAGCUCGGGGGGGUGUUUGUCAACGGGAGACCCCUGCCCAAUGCCAUCCGGCUGCGGAUUGUGGAACUGGCGCAACUGGGGAUCAGGCCGUGUGACAUCAGCCGGCAGCUCCGCGUUUCCCACGGCUGUGUCAGCAAAAUCCUGGCUCGCUACAACGAGACCGGCUCCAUCCUACCGGGGGCUAUCGGAGGCAGCAAGCCUCGGGUCACCACCCCCACGGUGGUAAAACAUAUCCGGACCUACAAACAAAGGGAUCCGGGCAUCUUCGCCUGGGAGAUCCGGGAUCGCCUGCUGGCCGAUGGCGUGUGCGACAAGUACAACGUGCCGUCGGUCAGCUCCAUCAGCCGCAUCCUCCGGAACAAAAUCGGGAACCUGUCUCAGCAGAGUCACUACGAGUCCUACAAGCAGCACCAGCCGCCCCCGCAGCCCGCUCUGCCCUACAACCACAUCUACUCCUACCCCAGCCCCAUCGCUGCUGCAGGAGCCAAGGUGCCCACCCCUCCCGGGGUGCCAGCCAUCGCCAGCACCAUGGCCAUGCCCAGGACGUGGCCGUCCUCCCACUCGGUGACGGACAUCCUGGGGAUCCGCUCCAUCACAGACCAAGUGAGCGACACUUCGCCUUACCCUAGCCCCAAGGUGGAGGAAUGGAGCAGCCUGGGCCGAAACAGCUUCCCCCCCCCGGCCCAGCACGCCGUGAACGGGCUGGAGAAGAGUUCCCUGGAGCAGGAGGCCAAGUACAGCCAGGCACCCAACGGCCUCCCGGCUGUCAGCAGUUUCGUGUCAGCACCAGCCAUGCCUCCCUACGCCACACCAGCCCAAGUGUCACCUUACAUGACGUACAGCGCCGCUCCGUCCGGCUACAUGGCGAGCCACGGCUGGCAGCACGCUGGAGGCACCCCGCUGUCCCCUCACAGCUGUGACAUCCCCGCUUCGCUGGCGUUCAAGGGCAUGCAGACGGCCAGGGAGGGCAGCCAUUCAGUCACAGCCUCCGCUCUCUGAUGCAGGAGCCGGUCCAGGACCACCAUGAGCCCGCUGGCUUGGUCGUCCCCUGAGCCUGGCUCACGGACUGCUCUCUUCGUGCCAGCGACACCUGGCAUUUCUCCUCGUGACUUGUCUGCCGUGAGGCUUUUGGGAUUGAAAGAGCUGAAGACAACAUCAGAAACUGAGAGAAG